AUGGCCGAACAUUCCACCCAUAUUCGACACGUACUCCUUCACGAGUUCGAAUCUGGCCACCCCGCUGCUGAAGCCCAUCGAAACUUAAGUCAAGUAAUUGGCACUGAAGCCCCUUCUGAGCGGUCUGUGUGCGCCUGGUUCCAGCGCUUCAAAGCCGGGAACAAGAAACUCGAGGAUGUGACUCGCUCCGGUCGACCGACUGCAAUAUCGUUCGACGAACUGAAGAAAAAGCUUGGUCAGUGGCUCCCACAUGCAUUGAGCGACGACAACCGCCAAAGACGUCUGGACAUCUGCACUCAGCUGCUCUCCAGAAGCCGCAGAUUCGACUGGCUGGACACCAUUGUCACAGGAGAUGAAAAUUGGCCCUCUAUGUUAACCACACCCACAAACGUGCAUGAAGAUCAUGCUGAGCGUCUGGCGGGGAGUUCAUGGAAUCUACCGUUCCGAACUGCUGCCGGACAACACGACAGUUACUGCCGAGGUCUACAAAGACUAGCCGAAAAGAUCUGCAAGGAGCACCCGAAGGUCGACAACGUUCGCCUUCUGCACGAUAACGCGCGCCCUCACAUCGCGAAGAAGACUUCCCAGAAAAUUCUGGAGCUUGGAUGGGAAGUUCUACCGCAUCCACCGUAUAGGCCGGUCCUGGCCCCGAGCGACUACCACCUCUUCCGGUCGCUUCAGCAUCACCUGGAAGAGGAGCGCUACGCUGAUAGUGACAACCUCGAAAAUGACCUUCGGGUUUUCUUCGCCUGCAAGUCGCCGGAGUUCUACGCCAAAGGAAUCCGUGAUCUUGUGAGACCUUGGCAGAAGGUUGUUGAUGUUGAUGAAGAUUAUAUUGUCGAAUAA